UCCCCACCUUAAUUAAAUUAAAUGUGCUUCUCCAUAGUUCUCACCAAGUUCACAAAGAGAGGACCAUCAAUUGCUAUAUUUAUUCUGCUGUUGCCAGCAAUAUUUCUGAAGCAGAGAUUAUUGUCCAUUUUCACAGAAAUGGGUCAAGAGAACAAGGAAGAAGGAAAGAAAGAAGAAACCACAGAGGAAAAGAAGGAAGAAGAGAAAAAGGACGAAGAGCCUCAAGAGAUAGUGCUCAAGGUUGAUAUGCACUGUGAAGCUUGUGCAAGGAAAGUUGCAAAAGCAUUGAAAGGAUUUGAAGGAGUGGAGGAGGUGACUGCAGAUAGCAAGGCAAGCAAAGUAGUAGUGAAAGGAAAGGCAGCAGACCCCAUAAAGGUGUGUGAGAGACUACAAAAGAAAAGUGGUAAGAAAGUGGAGCUCAUUUCACCUUUGCCAAAACCUCCAGAGGAGAAAAAAGAUGAAGAAGAAAUCAAAGAACCGCAGCCAGAGGAGAAAAAGGAGGAGCCCCCUCCUGUGGUAACAGUAGUCCUCAAAGUUCGAAUGCAUUGUGAAGCAUGUGCUCUAGUUAUACAAAAGCAAAUUCGCAAGAUUCAAGGAGUAGAGUCAGUGGAGACAAGCUUGGGAAAUGAUCAAGUCAUAGUAAAAGGUGUGGUUGAGCCAGCAAAGCUAGUUGAUUAUGUGUACAAGAGGACAAAAAAGCAAGCUUCUAUUGUGAAGGAAGAGGAAACAGAAAAGAAGGAACAAGAGGAGAAAAAGGAAGAGAAAGAAGAAGAGAAAAAAGAAGGCGAAGAAAACAAGGAAGAUGAUGUUGAAGACGAUGAUAAUAAAACUGACAUCAAGCGAAGUGAAUAUUGGCCAUCAAGAUACUACGUUGACUACAUUGACUAUGCUUAUGCUCCUCAUAUUUUCAGUGAUGAGAACCCAAAUGCAUGUACUGUAAUGUAGAUCAGUCUUUAGUAACUCGGUAUCUUAGUAGCUGAUCAACUGAAGCAACUUCUUGUGCUGUGUUGUUGGGGCAAUGCAUAGUGGUGAAUAUUUUAAGGCUUUAUGAUUUCCACAGCAUCCCUCAGAGUUGGCAUUCUAUGGAGCUGGAUGCCUUGUUUUUUGUGUUUAUGAGCUUUCUACAUAUUUCCUUGCCAAAGGGUGGUGGCCAGAAUCACUUGUGUUAGUGUGUACUGAAUUUUGGCCUACAACUUUAGUUCUGUACUUAUAAUGAUGUUAAUAAUUUUUAGUCAUCAUUGUAAAACUUGUUGGGUCUAUAUGUAUAAAAAGGAUAUUUAUUAUGAAAAAUCAGUUCUUAAAUA